AUGACGACCGAUAACUCGAUGGGAUAUGGCGAAAGGCUUAUACCGCAAAUACUAGAUCGACUGGCUGCCUCAGAUCCAGACCGAACGGUGUAUUCAGUUGCAGAGUUUUCUGGCGAUUCUCCCCAGUUCAGGCACACCUCUGCUCGGAACUUUGCAAAAGCGGUUGAUAAGACAGCCUGGUGGAUUCGUGAGAAAGUCGGAACCCAUCAUGAAAGCUCAAGCGGGCAAGAGAACGGCACUCAGAACGGUCAAAGCGAAGCACUUACAAAAAUCAUGCCCUUAGGUUAUAUCGGACCUCAUGACUUGCGCUACAUUCUACUGAGUUACGGGGCUGUCAAGGCUGGCUGUGCUGCCCUUUUUCUUUCCCCAAAGAACAAUGUUGAAGGCGCAUUGGCUGUUCUUAAUGCAGCGAACUGUAGCAUAUGGGUCAAGCCGCAAGAGCAGUCGAUGCUUCCUCUAGUAGAAAAAGUCCUGCAGCGGAAAUCCAUGCAAGUUCUUGAGCUUCCAGGAGUUGAUGAACUUCUUGAUGCCGAGUCUAUCGAGCCGUUCACCUAUGACAAGACGUUCGAAAGCGCGAAAAAUGAUCCAUUCUGUAUUUUGCAUACUUCCGGAACUACGGGUGUUCCCAAACCGAUUUCGUGGACGCACGGUCUAAUCAGCACUAUGGAUGCUGUGCGGCUGCUCCCACCCACUGAAGGUGAUGGCGGACUUGUCCCAUGGACAGACAACUGGAACGAUGGUGAUAGAAUAUAUUCUUCGUUCCCUAUGAGUCAUGGUGCUGGUAUCAUCAUGGAUAUUCUCAUGCCUUCGCUCUUCAACCUGCAUUGUAUUCUAGGACCGUCAGGCGUCCUACCUAACUUAGGACUCAUCGAGUCGCUUGCAGAUCAUGCAAAGAUUGAUAUCUGGAGCAUGGUUCCAUCUCUUGUAGACGAGUUGGGAGAGAGUCCCAACAUCCUGGCAAAGUUCAAUUCUUCAAAAUUCAUCUGUGCAUCCGGCGGGCCUGUCAGCCCAAUCAUCGUAUCAAAGGUGAAUGGAGUAGUCAGGGUCCUCAACCUCACAGGCACCACAGAGGGCUUAUUUAUUGGCAAUCUCUGGGUAGAAAGAGACGACUGGCAUUGGUUUGCAUUCCACCCUUAUUCCGGUUUCGAAUUCAAGGAGGUACAGCCCGGCGUAUACGAGCAUUGGGUCCACCGAAAUGAACGCUGGGCGUUGUUUCAAGGCAUUUUUUAUACAUUUCCGGACCAGCAGUCCAUAAACCUUAAGGACUUGUAUAUCCGGCACCCUUCCAAGCCGAAUCAUUGGGCAUUCAGUGGGCGAAGUGAUGAUGUGGUUGUUCUUUCCAAUGGUUUCAAGAUCUCGCCCUUGGACACCGAGGCAUUCAUCACAACACAUCCAGCAGUUGACGGCUGCCUUGUUAUUGGAACGGGGAAGGCCCAGGCAGGUUUACUCAUUGAAUUAAAAAGCCCAUCAGCCAGGAACAACAGUCUGUUCGAUAGCAUUUGGGCAACGGUGGAGAGAGCCAAUAACCUGACUUUUCAGAAAACCCGGAUCCAAAGACAAUACAUUGCUUUUGCAGAGCCAGAUAAGCCCUUCAUUCGGACAGACAAGAGAACGAUCAAACGACGCGCUACUCUAGACCUCUAUACAGAUUUCAUUGAACGCUUUUACAACACAAGAGGUGCGGAUAUGGACGGUGAAGAGAUCGAAGUCUUUCCGGUAGAUACAAGCUCGAUCGAGGCUAUUAUAGCCUCCAUAUGCGACAUCAUCGGCUCGAUAGUACCUGACAUUGGAACCUAUUCUCCAGAUGAGGAUAUUUUUGAGCUGGGUUUAGACUCUCUAGAGGUAUUUCGCCUGGUCAAUAUCAUCCGAGCUGCUGUAGGUCUUCAGGAACAGCAGCUUGCGCCACGACAUUUGUACGCAAGUCCUACAAUUGCUACGUUCGCUGCCCAGAUUGCAAGAAUAUUGGAGGAAGUCAAAGAUGGGCAAAAGAUACUCAAAGAUGUGACCAACAAAUCCACUCCUCAGGGUGACAGCACAGACUCACCAUCUGCUAUUCACCGCAAGACCGCCAUCCAAGGCAUGAUCGCUGACAGUAAGCGACGACUUGGAUUUAAGAUGAACCCCCUCGAUGCUGUUAACCCCAAUCACUACAUGGGAUUGAAUUUCUACUUUGCCCUCCGGCGCGACAUCACUUUCCAAGACGCUUUUGUAAGAUUGCAGAAUGGCCUCGUUCAUGCUUUUGAGAUCAUACCUGAAUUGGACGGGAAAAUGAUUCUUGCAUCAGAACAUGAAUUCGGACACAAGAAAGGAGAAUACCGUAUCACGAUUCCUCCUCGCUCGCUGUCUGUCUCUACGAAGCCGAGGCAGCUGACCUACAAGGAUCUCUCACAGGUUCUUCCCCCAUUCGAAAAGAUGCGGGAGGAAAAUUUUGCGCCCUCAUUGUUCCAUGACAAUAUUGUGCUCGACUGUCACCCUUUCCCUGGAAUGCCGGCCGACAUAGUAGUUGCCCAGGCCAAUUUCGUUGAAGGUGGAUGCAUCCUGUCAGCGAACUUCAUUCACACGUGUCUUGAUGGUAUAGGUGUGAUGGUAGCCCUUCGUGUUUGGGCGGAGUGCACCCGGUAUCUCGAUGGGGACAAGACAGCAACAUGCCAGUGGUUUGAUCCGGAGAGUUUCAAUCACAGUCUACCUGACAUCCUCCAUGAUGCGGAGGGUUAUGCGAAAGCAGCCCAUAAGGUAGACCCUGGAGUGUGGGGUUUCCUGCCUUUUUUCUGUCCGGACGAUUUCGAUGCAACUCACGAUGCGGAAGAUCAUUCAGUAUUAUCCAAGGAACGGAGUGGCGAUGUCAACGGAUUUCCUCAAGCCAAUGCUGCUACCCACACUUCAGAGGUGGCUCUUCCUCCAGCCCCAGUAUUUCCACGCCAGCUGGUAUGGCCGGCUGCCCCGGCCGAAAGGUCUUUGAGCACAAGCGUGUUUUUGAUCUCUAAUGAGAAUUUACAGGUCCUUAAAGAAGAGGUUCUUGCCGACCCUGAAGCCAAAGGGAUUGUCAAGUCAAUCUCCGACAUUGUACAGGCAUUCUUCUGGCGCAGCUCGAUCAGGUCACGAUAUCGAGUUGCCAAGGAGACACGAGGCGCAAUUUUUGGACCCAAUGACAUGUCUAUUCUGGAGCUACCUAUUGAUGGGCGACCCUAUUUCUCACCGUCACUUCCCUCGUCUUACAUGGGUAGCAUGCUUAUACUGAAUCGACCCACUAUGCCUAUUGAGACACUGUGUUCACCCCAUACAAGCAUCGGACGAAUCGCCUACCUAAUCCGUGAAGCAGCGUCGCAUAUCACCCCCUCUCUGGUUCAUGAUGCAUUUACACUCUUGAGGUCUAUGUCCGAUUACAGCCAGCCUGCAACGGCGAACAUGGGCAUUGAUCAUAUGAACGCAAUGGUCUCGAACAUGAUGCUGUUCCAGACCAGCGAGAUUUCCUUUGGCAAUACUUUUUUCGACGGGGGCACUCCAGAAGCCAUGCGGCCACAGAUUGAGAGAGGUCACAGUCGCUUCCGUUUCUUGGUCAUAUCUCCGAUGAGAAAGGACGGUGGUGUGGAGCUGGUGCUCGGCACGCUGCCAGAGGAGUUGACGAUGCUGAAAACGGACGAGGAGUUCACGAAGUAUGCAACGCUUGUUGAUAGCCAGGAAGGUGGACAUGUAUAG